AUGAGGACUCUCUUGACGCGGGCCGCGGGCCGGGUUUUGGGUGGGAUUAUAAAGUGGCUGAAAGUGGCUCCGCUUUUGUAUAGAGUUCGGGUUCGGAGCCUCACGACCGAGACUUUCAUGCCUGAAAGGGAGGGUGGUGUUGUAAAGUGCGCCCGUGACACGAUGAUGGUUGAUCAUGGACUUGAAAGCUUGCUCGUGAAAACGUCUAGAGAUUGGUCAAAGUUUGGGUCGAGGCAUUUGGUCGGACACGAGAGUUGCAAGAAUAGGAUAAAGAACAAAUUAUUCAUGGGAUUGGAUGAGAAAAGGUAG